AUGUUUCAAAAGAUUGUCAACUUCUGGUUCUCUAGCUUCAUUACUGAACGUCUCUUGGCAAGCCCAUUGUUCAACCGCAUGGCUGCAAAGACACACCAACAUGUCUCUACUAUCACUGAAAAAGGUACCAAGACUGGUGGUGACUUUAUGAAGGCAUUCAGAGAAAACCUCGAAAAGGAAGCAAGAAAGAAUGCUGGUAAAUAA